AUGUGCUUUAGUUGCAGUGGAAAGGAAAUGUGUCAUCUGUGGUUUGGUUUUAAAAGUGGAAAACUAGCUGCACAUAUCCUUUUUUACUGCAGAUUUACUUUAAGGCUCAUAUUCUCCAAGUCUAUUCUGCUUUAAAAAGAAGACAAGAAAAGAAGUGGUUUAUCAAAAUCACGUUAUAAUCAGAUUUUGACCAAGCAUUUUGUAAGUAUACAAACGUCAGCCAAUGACAUAUAACAACCAUUUCUUAUAAAACCUUGAUGUUCAAAAGCCUGACUAGCACUGGCAUCCAUGUUGCUUAGGAGUUGGUUUGGAAACAAAGACUUUCAGGCCCUACCUAUACUAGCUAGAUUGCCAAGUAUGCCCACGGACAUGGAACACACAGGACAUUACCUACAUCUUGCCUUUCUGAUGACAGCAGUUUUUUCUUUGUCUCCUGGAACAAAAGCAAACUAUACCCGUCUGUGGGCUAACAGUACUUCUUCCUGGGAUUCAGUUAUUCAAAACAAGACAGGCAGAAACCAAAAUGAAAACAUUAACACAAACCCUAUAACUCCUGAAGUAGAUUAUAAAGGUAAUUCUACAAACAUGCCUGAAACAUCUCACAUAGUAUCUUUAACUUCUAAAUCCGAACAGGAGCUUUAUAUACCUUCUGUCGUCAGCAACAGUCCUUCAACAGUACAGAGCAUUGAAAACACAAGCAAAAGUCAUGGUGAAAUUUUCAAAAAGGAUGUCUGUGAGGAAAACAACAACAACGUGGCUAUGCUAAUUUGCUUAAUUAUAAUUGCAGUGCUUUUUCUUAUCUGUACCUUUCUAUUUCUAUCAACUGUGGUUUUGGCAAACAAAGUCUCUUCUCUCAGACGAUCAAAACAAGUAGGCAAGCGUCAGCCUAGAAGCAAUGGCGAUUUUCUGGCAAGCGGUCUAUGGCCCGCUGAAUCAGACACUUGGAAAAGAACAAAACAGCUCACAGGACCCAACCUAGUGAUGCAAUCUACUGGAGUGCUCACAGCUACAAGGGAAAGAAAAGAUGAAGAAGGAACUGAAAAACUUACUAACAAACAGAUAGGUUAGUGAAGAAAAAUGCAAAGUAGCAAUGAGAAGGGUUAUGGAGUAAAAAUGAAGUCAGUUGGUAUUUAAUCCCAAAGUGUUGUUCUGAUUAUCUAAAAUUUGACAUGGUAGACCUUGCAAUUUAGAAUCAAGCAGGUGAGACAGGGAGAAGUAUGCCUGCUUAAUUACUUAAACUGUGUACUUUUGUUUUGACACUGAAUAUUUUAAAAAGCAAAUAAUAAAAUAAGCAUUUGAGGAAAGUUUUAAGGAUAAAUUGAGGAAACUGAUUAAUAGAGAUAGCAAGGGAUAAUUAAAUAAAUAUUCCCUAUGUAGCAACAGUGGUUAGAUGAUCUUUGUCUGAAUGUAAUUAAACUUUGAAUAGUUUUAGUGUGUCCUUAAAGCCAAGUAUAUGCUUUAACAUCAAAUGGAAGUCAAAUUCCUAAUGCAUAGAUAGAGAGAGCUAAACUGUGUAAUUUAAUGGUAUCUUCUUUGCUGGAUGUGGCAGAAUCCACACCAGCUUAUCAACCAACACAGCUAAUUUUAGAAUAGAUCCUUUAUCUUUCCAUAUGGCACACGUAAGAAAGUGUUUUUCUACUAUUAAUAUUAAAUUAAAACCUUUACUUUUGUAUAAUAAAUUAAAACUCAGAAUAAACCUGUGACCACGUA